UUCGACGUUGUUAGUAACGUCAGCGCUCGGAGGCAUUUAAGAAAAAAUCAAGCAAACACAUAAUUAAAUGAUGGGUUAUUUGUUUCAUUAUUAAAUCUUUUGUUAAAUAAUCGAAGAAAAUGGCGGACGAUGAAGGGAAGAAAAUGUCAGUCUAUGGGAAAACUAUUCUCAACCCACAAGAAGAAAUGGGACUGUUGAAAAACAUAUAUUGGCGGACAAACGAUAUAUCUGUCAAGCACAUUGCCAAUGUUGGAGAUGGUACAGGUAUAUUUACAGGGGUAAAAAAAUGGAGCCGCAAUGAAAUUGACCAACUUAUUGCAGAACGUAAAUAUAACGGGUACGGAAAACGGACGAAGAGUUCAGUGGUUGACGUUGUGCCUCCAUUUGAAAGAUUUAUUGACUGUAAGACUGAUUACGAUGCCAAAAUGCACAGAGAUGAUAGAAAGAGUGUUUAUAUGAUCGGACGCUCAGUACAUGACGAGGAAGCUGGCCGUUUAGUUCCUUCUUUGUCUUCGUCAAAUUACGGAAGAAGACUAAAUCAACCACUGGAAUCUUUUGAUCGUAGCCACGCGAGACGGGAGCGCGUGCGAAAGGGAUUCUAUUACAAGCGAGGUACUGGACUUCCUCCAAUCGAUGACCUGUUGACAAAAUGCAAUCCUAAUUUCUAUGAAUAAAAUUAAGCUGAAAAGGA